AUUAAGUAAAAUGACUCAAUAAAUAUUGUUCAACCAACGUGUGGAAAAAAACGCGGAUUUUUAAAUAUUCAUGGAAAAACAAAGAAUAUCAUUGACAAUUUAUGAUAAGAUUUGAUAACAUGUGCUCGUAAAAAUAUUAUUAUUAAAAAAAAAUCAAUAUCCAAAACAUUUAUGAAGAAUACCUGGGUAGAAACUGGUGAAUAGUUAUGUAGUGUAACAUCUUACCAUAGUGAAACUUUAAAAUUGAAAUGGACAAGAUUUUAGAUGCCCCCAAUAAGAAGGUGAUGACCGAUGAGGAACGUGCAAAACUUGCAAUUCGUCUUGACGAAGAUUUGGAUAAUUUUAUAGACAAUUUGCAGCGUACACCUUAUAAAGAUGGUUGGAAAGAAGAAACAUGGCGCGAGGAAAUGGAAAAGCAUCCAUUUUUCAUGAGCAAGCCUCCUAAACCAGAAGAUGAGCUAUCACCUCUAGUUGAAGGAUUGCAAAAUCUUCGAUAUGAUCCAGAUGAUAACACUCCUGAAGAGUUGGCAACUAAACACAAGGAAGAUGGAAAUUUUAAUUUCAAGUGUCGUAAAUAUAAAUUAGCCAUUAUGAGUUAUCAAGAAGGCCUUAAACUAAAUUUUCAAAAUGAUCAAUUGCGUGCUCAAAUGUUUAACAAUAUGUCUGCUUCUCAUUAUUUUUUAAAGAACUUCAGGUCAAGUUUGAUAGCUGCUGAACAAGCCCUAAAAAUAAAACCUGACUAUGAAAAAACAAUCUUAAGAGCAAUAAAUUGCUGUAUCCAAUUAAAAGAGUUUGAUAAAUGUGUAGAUUAUUGUGAUAAAUAUUUGGAAAAAAUUCCAGGAGAUAAUAUUGUAAUGGAAUUAAAAAAAGAAGCAAUUAAAUCUAAAAAAAUUAUAGAGAUGAAAAAAAGAAAAACAAUGAAGAUUCAAAAACAGAGAGAAGUCGAAAAACAAAGAUUAUUAGAUGAACUUAACAAAAGACAAUUGUGUAUUAUUGGCAAAAAAAGUGGUCCGAUCAAAGAUUUAGCGGUGUUAGAUCCUAAAGUACCUGGAUUAGUACAGCCAGUGCAUUUGGUAGAGAAUCGAUUAGUAUGGCCAGUUACUUUUUUGUAUCCAGAGUAUCAGACUUCUGAUAUCAUACAAGAAUUUCAUGAAGAUUCUACGUUUUAUGACUACUUAAUGGAAAUAUUUUCUGAAAGACCAGAAUGGGAUGUUGAAGGAAAAUAUAGUGCAGACACUGUAAAUGUUUAUUUUGAACUUUUAAAUGAAUUUAAGAUUGCUACCAAAGUUACAAAAAUAGAAACACAAACAUGUACUUUAGGAGAAGCACUAACAUUAUUAAGGUGUCCAAUUAACAACGGAACAGCAGUGUUUAUGGUCUAUGUUGCUGAAGGUCAACACGAAAAAGAGUUUUUAGAAAAUGCGCCAUAAUAAAAUCAAUAAAUGGUAAUACUUGUUCUUAAAUUGUUAGUUAUUUACUUAAUUUUGUGUUAUUGUUAAUGUUGGCAAAACGUAUGUUAAAAAUUUGUAUUUAUAAAUUAA